AAAAAUAAAAUAAAAAGGAAAUUUUGAUGCUAAAUUACAGAGCGGGUUGACUCAGACAAAUCUUGAAAAGCUUCCCCAUGUACGGUCCACCACCACCACACGCCUCCAUGAACGAUACCACCGCCGCCGCCGCCGCCGCCGAGCAACGCCGCCAGGGUUCAACUCGUAUCGAAGACGAAGACGACGAAGACGACGUCGUUCAGUGCUCUAAUGGCGGGGACAACGACGACGACGACGACAUAGACAACCUACCCUCGCGGAUCGGCUACGUCCCCUCCAACAACUCCCACUCGCCGCACGCGCUUUCCGGAGGCGGCGGCCUGGAGGUUAUUGAGGCCGACGCUCUCUACGCCGCCGAUAUGCCUCCUCCGGUGGGGCCCGUUCCCGGAGAAGGAGGCGCCGACCAACUCACCCUGUCUUUCCAGGGUGAAGUUUACGUUUUCGACUCGGUUUCCCCUGAAAAGGUUCAGGCAGUUUUGCUACUAUUGGGUGGGUAUGAAGUGCCCACCGGUAUUCCUACACCUGGAAUGACUCCUCAAAACCAUAGGAACUUAGGUGAUUAUCCAGGGAGAUCGAGUCAACCACAAAGGGCUGCCUCUUUAAACCGGUUUAGAGAAAAGAGGAAAGAACGAUGUUUUGAUAAAAAGAUUCGUUAUACCGUUCGAAAGGAAGUUGCUCUAAGGAUGCAGCGGAAAAAAGGCCAGUUUACAUCGUCCAAGGCAGUUUCCGAAGAACCAGGAGCAUCUUCUGCAGAUUGGACUGGAACUUCCGUCCAAGAAGAACAGGAAACCUCAUGUAGGCAUUGUGGAAAUAGCUCAAAGUCGACUCCUAUGAUGAGACGUGGACCAGAUGGACCAAGAACUCUCUGUAACGCAUGUGGUCUCAAGUGGGCCAAUAAGGGAAUCCUGAGAGACCUUUCCAAAGUUCCAGUCACCCCAGUGCAGCAGCAGCAUCGUGCUAUAAAGCUGAACGGUGAUCAAAAUGGCGAAGACACAGUGGUUAAUUUACCUCCGACGAAUGUCAUUACAACUUCCAGUGGUUAAAUCCUUCGUAUCGAUCUGACUCUGAGUAGGAAAAGUUGACUGCCAUUGCAGCUCCAAUUUGUAACCGCAAUUGGUGGUGGGUGCCCUUUAAGGCAAAUGGUGAGUAACCUGUACACUAGUACUAUUAUAUCUCUCACAACUUCGAAUAUGAGACUGUACAUAUAUUUUCUAUGUAAUUUUGUGUUGGAAUUGGAUUUGCGGAUUUGAUGUAUCUCCCUCCAAACGCAUGUAAUGAAUGAUCAAUCGGGAAUUGUAAUUUUACGAAACUUUUUUU